CACAGAUCCUGCUGCUCGGGGAGGGGAAAAGAAACUUGGAAGAGAAGGAACUUACUCCGUGAUCCUCUUGGCCAGCUCGGUGCAGGCUGCCGUGGAGUUGGCCGAGAAGACCCGGUAGCCGCUUCUGGCUGCGUUCAUCGCCAGAGAGUCGUGCAGCCCCGGCGGAGCUCUGAAGUGAGAAAAAACAGAUUUGCGGCUUUUUCCUGUCCUUAUCCUGAUGGUUUUGCAGCCUCUGCUGACAGCGUUGCCUCUUUAUCUCCCGGUACUGGUCUUCACGGCUCUGCCAUCACCAAGCAACCAGCUGCACAGUCCCAUGAGCUCACCUUGUCUGCAUCGUGCUGCCCUGUGCUCCGUGAGAAGUGAAAGCGAAAAUGCAGUUGCUUUGUAAAGAAGGGAGAAGCUGCUGCUGCGCCUGUUCCUCUGGGAUCCAAGUGGCUUCUGCAUCUCCCGCGCAGGGCUCUGGAGGAGAAGCUGAAUGAACUGGGAGCUGGAAAGGCUGUUCGGGUGCAUGGACAGGGGAAGGGAACAGAAGCUUCCUCCGGCACAACUGACUCUGAGGGAGAUGACUGAGGGAAGAGCCUGGUGAGCCUGCCCUGGGAUCUGGGGAUCUAGGAGAGCACCCAACGCUGCUGGAGCUGAGCACCCAACACUGCUGGAGCUGAGCACCCAGGGCAGCCUGAUGGACUCUCCCCACUUCACGCUGUUGUGUUUCCUGCUUCUGACCACUGCAGCUCCCCGUCCAAAUCUUGCCAUGCCCAGUAACAACCCUGUGGAGGGCGCACAAGUCUCUUCCUUCAGCAAAACAUACGUGACCGUCUACCACUGUAAAGACUGUGAGAGCCACAUCUGCAAAUCAUCCAACUACGAAGACUUUGUAAAAAUUGGUGAAACACAAAAUGACACAUUUUCAAAUGAAAUAAUUCAGCUGGUGACCACUGAAACACAAAUCCUUAUGUGCUUUCAGCAAGAAAAUACUUCUCCUGGAGGAAUUUAUGCCAUCGUCUGGGAGAAAGCUGAAGGAAUGGGAGACUCAUGUGGCAUCCUGAAUUCUGGAGUUUCCUCAGAAAACAUGGGGGAUAACACCAUUAAAACGUGCUGUGUAGCAGAGACAAACCUCUCAGUGCCCAGCCCUUCCUUGGAGUGCUACGACGAAAUAUUAGCUAAGAAAGCCAGAAAAUCAACAGCCGACGUCCCUGAGGAGGAUGCUCCUCAAUUUUCAAUCAACGUUGGUAUCAUCACCACAGUGAUGAUCGUGGUGGUUUUUUCAGCAGCAGUGGCAACGUAUUGUGUCCGGAACCGCAAUUGUCAAGGACCUGUCUUAGUGCUCCAUCAGGUUCUUAAUGGGUAAGAGGUCCAGCAGGAGAUGGGACAGUCGCUGCUCUGAGGACUUCACACUUCAGAUUUCCAAACCUACAUACAGCCAGCUGAUUAUGAUUCUCUCUGAAAUCAACCUGUGCCUUUGAUGGCUUCACAGAUACUUUGCCUUCAAUUCCGCAGAUAAAAAAAACAAAUGGGCUCCUGACACAGGAAACCUCACACACAUUUGAAAAACACCUACAAAUGAGAAAACCAGGCCUCUUUGCCAGCAGCAUACUCUUCAGGAAUGACAUACAGCCUUCAGCUGAAUAAACACAUACUUAUUUUAUAGGGGAUCUCACGGUAGUUUUCACAAGUGUAUGUUCACCAAAUCCCUGUGUUCACUGAGGACUGUGAUUGCCACAGUCACGCAGCUCCAGACCUUCAUGAGCAAUGCAAGGAGCUGCCUGGAUCUCCCGUCCUCCCCUGGUGCUUCACCGAGGACACCAGUCAUCACAAAAUGUGUCAUUGGCUCAGCAGCUCAGGUUUAAACCAGCUGAAUUCUCUCAAUGGUUUUCAUGACUGAAACUAUCAGUUCAUCUGAAAUUCUUCACAGAACUUUAUCUUUGCUCAGGAAGGAUGUGUUGAACCCUCAGACAGGUGCUCACUUUGUGUCUUCCAUUUUGUAACGCAAUAGCAUGUCCACAGGCUUUCGUUUUUCUAACUCCCAGGUGGUCCCUAGAUCCAAAAAAGCAUUUUGUUCGUGUGACUGGUUUGUUGAAUUAGAGGGGUUUGGCCUUUUGAACAGACACUUGAACUUACAACCACCUGCAGGUUGAGGACGUCUCCUCUGGGUGUUCGUUCCUGUGCAAGGGUGAACAGGAGGGCUCUAUCCAGCUCCCUCAGAAACGGCGUUGGGUCGUGGAGGCCAUAGUCCCCUCCCAGGCUGAACAGAAGGAUCAUAUAAGUCUCCCUCACAAAUUAGGUCAUAAUACUGGCAAUUUUAGUGUAGGACACUUUCAGCAGUAACUCCAGUGGAUAGGAAAACAUAUUGACAUACCGGCUCUGUAUCUUUGUCAGAAAAGACUACAGUAUUUCUGCACCUGAAGAUAGGUUUAGGUAUCCUGCAUGCAGCCAGUUUGUGAUGGAUGCUGCACGGCAGGGAUCCCCAUUUGGUAGUUCACAGGCUGUAUAUCAUCUUCAAAUGAUUCAUCAUUCACGCUUGAUUUGAAUAAAUCCUCACAAUUUCUUAUUAGACCUAAUCUAGUGUCAGGCUUUUGAGCAAAAAUCAUCAGCAGCACAACUGGAAAAGCAGAUCCAUGAAACAGUACGAAUACUUGCUGAAUCUUUUUUACAUAGUUUACUUACUCAUAAACCUUUGGCUGAAACUUCCAGUGUUAUUUGAGAACUCACAUUGUAUUAACUUGAGGGAUCAGGUUUAAUGAUGUGCAGAUUUAAUUUCUGCUCUUUAACACCAGUUGGGGCCAGAGAGCUGGAUAUGUUUUGCAAAGAAAUGUUAUACAGCCACCUCUGCCCCGGGACGGUUACUUGGCUAAAUCAGCCAUCAGACACAAGUCACAGCUCGAUCCUUCUGGCUCACUCAAGCACGCUGCCCUUGAGAUCUCUUCUUCCUCCUGGUGAUUAUGCAGAUGUGAUAUUCAGAGGCAUCACUACCAACUGUUUCCCUUUGAUCCUCCUGAGUUGUGCUGUGCUGGUAAAUACCAUUCAUCAGACUUCCCCCAUCUCAGGAAAACGUGUCAGAAAUAGCUUUAUAGAUCUAGAGUGUUUGCUCUAAGCAACUGAAUUGUGUGGUUUUCUGUGAAUUUUCACAAGUAAAUCUAUCCAGGUAAAUAUCUGUUUAUGAAAUAAAAACCCAGUGAAAGUACUAGACAGUCUGAUUCACCAACUGCCAUGAUUUGACAGUUGUAAUUUCAUUUUAAUUAUUCUUGGUUUGUGUUAUUAUACUACUCACAAUAAAGCAUCAAAUUAAAAACUGGCCAUUCAUUGGCAA